UUCCUCCCCGUCCGUAGUUCUGUCUUUUCUCUCAAUCAGCAGCAGCCAUGAGCAUGCUCAGGCUUCAGAAGCGGCUGGCGUCCAGCGUCCUGCGCUGCGGCAAGAAGAAGGUGUGGCUUGACCCCAAUGAGACAAAUGAGAUCGCCAACGCCAACUCUCGCCAGCAGAUCCGCAAACUGGUAAAGGAUGGUCUGAUCAUCAGGAAGCCUGUGACGGUGCACUCCCGUGCCCGCUGCCGCAAGAACACUCUGGCACGCCGCAAAGGGCGGCACAUGGGCAUCGGUAAGAGGAAGGGUACAGCCAAUGCCCGUAUGCCGGAGAAGCUGUCCUGGAUGAGGCGUAUGAGGAUCCUGCGCCGUCUGCUUCGUCGCUACAGGGAGUCCAAGAAGAUUGACAGGCACAUGUACCAUAGCCUGUACCUGAAAGUGAAGGGUAAUGUUUUCAAGAACAAGCGCAUCCUGAUGGAGCACAUCCACAAGCUGAAGGCGGACAAGGCUCGCAAGAAGCUCCUGGCUGACCAGGCCGAAGCUCGUCGCUCCAAGACGAAGGAGGCCCGCAAGAGACGUGAAGAGCGUCUCCAGGCCAAGAAGGAGGAGAUCAUCAAGACUCUCUCCAAGGAGGAGGAGACCAAGAAAUGAACUGCGUUGUCCCUGCCCCUUUUUCAGCGAUAAUAAAAUGUACAGAAAGACAAGA